AUGUCCAAUCAAUCAUAUUCCGGAUCAACUCUAUCGCAGAGCGACGACAACCUCUCUUCAAGCCUGGGCCGAUCAUGGAAUCCCGAAAUCGACCGCUCUCCAGCCCUCGAGCGUCCUCAAGACGACACAAGCCUGCUCGCGCAGAUCGUGCGUUCUCCCAUCAUCGAGAAGCUGGUCGACAUCUACUUCGAAUGCUGCCAUAAUCAGCCUUACUCAUUCUUUCACGAGAGUCGGCUUCGGCAGUGUCUGGCCCGACAAGAGGCCCCGGAACACUUACUCCUCGCCAUAGCUGCCACGGCACUGCGUUUCUCCGAGGACUUGAUCCCAGGACAUGAGAAGCACGAGGUUGCUGCCCAAGCGGCGACUUGUUCCUGGAGAAUCAUCGGGUCGGAGUAUCUGGCCAAGCAGAACACCGACAUUCGUGUGGCUCAGACGCUUGCUUUGCUUUCGAUAUUUGAUUACACUGCCGGUAAAGCCCGUCAAAGCUCGGCAUGGAUCAAGAUUGGAAUCGCCAUCCGACUGGCCCAAGACAUGAAACUGAUGAUCCAUCCGCCCACCGACCUCUCCUUCGAAGUGCAAGAGGAGCACCGCCGCGUCUUCUGGUCCCUGUUCCUCCUGGACCGACUUGCCUCGUGCGGUCGCGGGCGCCCAUGCACCAUUCUAGAAUCGUCAUGUCAGCUACAACUCCCGUGCGACGAAGACUCUUGGAACAACAACGAGUUCAAGUCGACGGCCGCCCUGAACCAAUUGCCCGAACGCCAUCUCCCUCCGCCGGCGGAACAGGCCCCGUAUGCACUCGUCCUGCUGAUGGCCAAUGUGCUCGGCCGCGCCACUCGCUGCAUGUUACAGCUGGCGGGAAACGAGACCGUGCCGCUCUGGGAUCACCGGUCUGAACUGGCCGCGACGCAGUCCGAUCUGAUCUACCUCGAGUCUUCAUUCUCGCUGCGUCAACCACUGCAUCAAAUUGUUCUGCAGCAUACCAAUACCAACACCAAUGUCAAUACCAACACAAAUAUCAUUACCACCCCCGACGGCCGCCUUAUCGACCAGUCAGCACUCGGACCUGUGGUGUUCUCCCAAACACUAUUCCACCUCUGCUACUGCAUUCUCUACCAUCCGUUCCUGCUCAAGAACAAGCUCCAGGACUGUCGCAGCCAGUACUUGACCAGCUUCCUGUCGCGCAACAUGGAGACGUCGUACGAGCAUGCGAAGCGGCUGAUUCUGCACCUCGAGGCUGCCGAAUUGGCUGGCUGCGGCGUGCGCUCCUCUUUCUGUAUCUAUGCUGCUGUCGUCGCUGGCAGUAUUCUCGCCUUGUACAUGGCUCCGGAAUCUAGGUCGGGGUCGGUGUCAGGGUCCCUGUCUGAUGACGAGGUGAGAAUCGGAUGCGAAGCAACUGCCCUCCAGCAGAAGAACCUCGCGUGUCUAGAAAAGCUGGCUCGGAACUGGAAUCAUGCACCCACGGCGCUCAUGCUCCUCCGAAGACUAGUGGAAAACUGUCACCGAUUCUCCUUCCUGACCCAGAUCACUGCAGACCACCCGCCACUGUCUGGAACCGAUGAAGAACUGAUGUGGCUACUCCUCGACUAUAGUACUUGGUCGAGCAUGUCGGCAGAUGACAUCGAUGUCUUUGGAGCAACUGACUUGCAUUCAAAUUCACAUUCCCAACCAGCCAGACCCUGGCCUGUUCCUGUUCCGGAGCAGAAUCAGAAUCAGAAUCAGAAUCAGAAUCAAAAUAUCUUGUGGGACGAUAUCUGUAGUCCGUAUCCGGGGUUGGGGUUUGAUUUUGAGGCCGUCACGGUCGGUGUUGGCGAUAUGGCUGGGUCUGCUUCCACCUCGUCCAUGGGGGGCAGGAAUGCACAGUUUGAUUGUGGUUUGAUGCCGAGUGUUUAG